AUGGCGUGGCUGGCAAGUAUAGGCGCGAUCAGUUUCUUUGCCAUUUUCGGAACCUUCUCCUUGAUUGUGGGUCUCUUCACUCUCUUCGGAUUUCAUCCAAUUUAUAAGCAAGUCUUUGAUGAGGUAAGGAUAUCACCAUGACUUAAAAAUGACCUUGAUUUUCCAGAGAAAUGUCCUGAAACAAGAGGACGACGGUCAACUCACUCGGACGACGUUUUGGUGGGCCAAACCGCCGGUCGACACGUAUCAGGAUUUCUAUUUUAUGAAUAUUUUAAACCCAGAGCAGGUCGAAUUUUUUGGGGCGAAACCAAUUGUAAAACAAAUAGGACCAUUUGUUGUAAGGUAAGGCUUUUGUUACCGCCCAGUACGCUAAUUGCGGCGCUUAGAAUUAAAAAAAAAUUGCCCAUAUUUCGGCUAUAAACCACGUAACAAUUCCUGAAAAUUUUAGCUCUCGCUUUGCAGGGACAUUCGAGAUAUUCAACGAUUUUUUAAGACGAGAGAGUACGGAAAACAUGGAGGGCGGCACGAGAAAAAAUACAGGCCAGAUCUUUGCCAUUUUUGCGGGGAAAAAUUAUCUUUUUUGUUGCCAUUUACGCAAAAAUUGGCAAAAAAAAAUCAUUUUCAAUCCAAAAAUCUCGGUAGUUUCUAACGCCGCUAGCCAAAAAAAUCCGUUUUUUUGCGCAGAUAAUGUGGACUUGUCUCAGUAAAAUACCUCGCCGCAGUCAACCUCCGGCUGCGGCCAGGCGAUUAUGGGCGAUUGCAAGGCGCGAUAAAUCCACAUUAUUUUCCCGACAGAAUGUUAUCUUCGCAACUUUCAGAAACUUGAAUAUAAAGGACAAUUUGACUUUUUCCGCGGACGGGAACCGAGUGAAAUAUUUUAAUUAUCGGACGUUCAUCUUUGAUGAGGCAAGGAGCUGUGAGACCUGUAAAUAUGACAGCAUCGUGUAUGUUCCGAAUUUGGUGGCGCUGGUGAGUGUCAGAGUCCAAAAACGGCUUUUUGGACAAGAGUUUCUUUCUAUAGGAUUGCCCUAAAGUCAUGGUCUUGCUGAUUUUUCAUAAGGAUGUUUUACAUCGCUUUGAAGUCUGCGACAUUUUGUUACGGUCUGUAUUAUGAUAAAUACUUUGUAGGGAACCCUCGGGGAGUUGGCGGAUCCCCGUUACAAAGUGCCAGAGCACAUUCAAAGAUUGAUCGCUUACGUGAUGAUCUUCAUGGGAGAGUAUCCUUUUGUGUAAGUUGUUUUAGGGCCACAAGGGAGCUGAGGCGUCCAAGAAGAACAUGAAUUGACAACUUUGACGCGAAUUAUGCUACAGGGUGUUUCAAGAAAUACAGGGUGGUUCAGCUAAGUUCGCGGAUGUAAAAUGCUUAUAACUUUUUAUAGGAUUGUUCAAUUUUAAUGGUCUUUUUUUUAAACAAAAUGGUAACUACUAAGGAAUAAAAUGAGCUAUUGCUCAUAAAAAUUGAACAAUCCUAUAAAAAGUUAUAAGUAUUUUACAUCCGCAAACUUAGCUGAACCACCCUGUAUGACAGAAACUUUUUGCGAAAAUCUUUGUGCUCUUUGCAGCUAUCCAAGAAGUUUAAAUUGAUCUUAAAAUUCGAUGAUGGGCGAUCUUAGAAUAUGCAAAAGAAUUUCUUCUUGCGUGGGCGGAGAGACCAUUUUUCGGCGGAGACAUUUGACGUCUAUUUUUAAAAUUACAUCUCGUUACAAAGUUGCAAUUAACUUCUUCCGGAUCACUCCGCCGAGCCUUCGCCGAUGGGUGCUCUCUCCGCCGACGCAAGACGAAAUUCUUUUUGCAGCUAAAAUUGCGCAUAGUCGAAUUUUAAAAUCAAUUAAACUUCUUGGAUAGCUGCAAAGGGCACCAAGAUAUUUGCAAAAAGUUUCUGUCAUAUUUCUUGAAACACCCUGUACUGUGUAUAGCAUAGCGCAAUUCUUUAAAUUUUCAUUUUUUUCAGCCGAGUGAAGUUCGGUGAGCUCAUAUUUGACGGAUACGAUGACGCACUCUUAGCUGCCGCAAACUCUAAACUCGUGAACAAACUACAAAUCUUGAACAACAAUAUCAGCAUUGUGCCCGUCCCUUUCCCCAACAUGCAUCGAAUGGCGUUCUUCAACCGCUACAACAACUCCGCAGACAGUGAAUAUGAAGUGUACACGGGGAAAGAUGACCUGAAGAAAAAAGGAAAAAUAAUAACGUGGAAUGGGGAUACCAAAUUACCCUCUGCCUGGUGGGAAGAUGACGAUGCAAGAGCGCUGAGGGGGACAGGUGAGAGUUUUUUUUAUAUCCCCAAAUUUGGGUACAAUAAAUUGCAUAUUGCUUGAGUGACAAAGCUCAGAUUUUAUAAACGUUCCAAGGGAUACAGGGUCUUUUAAAAAACGUGAGAAGAGUCCCAAGUGUCAGAUUUUCAACUCGCGCUUACAGGGGAAGUACCCCAAGUGCGACGCUCAGACUUUGAUGAAACUUGCCAUAAAUUUGGAAUAUUUUUUUCUAAAAUACAUGCGAGAAUCCUAGUCCGCGCUUUGCAAAAACAACCGAGAUUUUUAGAUCAAAAGUUGGCCAAAAUUUAAGACUUUUUUCCAAAUUUCGGCACAAAAAGUUUCAUGCCUAUUUCUACCAUAAAGGGUAAUGUUUACAAAAAAUCAAUUUUUUCGGCACGAAACUAUAAAAGUUAUGAUCAAAAGGUGUUUUUCUCACUGACCGCUCUCCACGUUUAGUGUAUUCUCUCCGCGGCAAAAAUUGUUCAAUAUCUCGGCGGCGCUUGCAAAGCGCGAGCUAAAACUUUCAGGAAUUGAUACUUAAUUAAUGACCGACGUGUGUGCAAAUUUUGAAGAAAAUCUGAGCGUCGCACUUGGGGUACUUACUAUGUUAGCAGAAACGACCGAGAUUUUCAGGUCGAAAGUUGGUAAAGAUGCUAAACUUUUUUGCUACCUUGAGGUGAUUACCCCGCAAAAACACAUUUUUCCGCAUGAAACUGGCAACCACACGGCAAAAAAGUACUUUUCUCUGAGCGCUCUCCGCUUUUCUCGUACUCUCUCGGCGGCAAAUAUCGUUCUAAAUCUCGGGUGUGCCUGCAAAGCUCGAGCCAAAACUUUCAGGAAUUGAUAUGUGUUUUAUGCCUGGCAUAUCUUUGACAUGUGGCUUAUGCCUGACAGACAUUUUUACUAAACCCCCAACUUCAGAUAGUGGCCAAUUCGCGGAGACGCAACUAAAUGAAAACAGCGAAGUGUCAUUCUUUCAAAGCUAUAUGUGCCGGUAAGAAAACCAACUCUUUCCUCAUCACUUAUUCAACCUCAUAUUUCCAGCUCCUUUACUCUAAGAUACCGUCGUAAAACCUCUGUCCACAACAUUCCAACCCUUCGAUUUGAAUCAAAGGUUGAGGAAUUCGAUACAACACUUCCCAUGAAUGCUGGAUUUCGAUAUGCGAACGCGGAAAAUAUCAAGUACUUUGACAACUGGCCCAACUGUGAUAAUUAUACCCAACCAGAAGGCGAGUUGGACUGCGACAAGCCUGAAUUUUGGUGUAACAGCACUUGUGGAGGCGCUACAUUCAACGGAACACAAUUAAUGCCUCCAGGGAUGUAUCCGGUGAACUGCUAUCCAGGUACUCCGACUUUCCACUAGGGGAUUCCACUGGGGGAACUGGAACGAUUGGGGAAAACGAAAAGUAUUGCUUUUCUUCGAUGCAAGUAUGAAAUUAGUCUAAUCGAGGGUGCUGAUUUCGAAAAUGGCAUUCAUUAUUUUUUUGAUUGUUACUUUUUUUUCCUUAAUUAGUACUGUAAAAUAGCAAUUUCUUUCAAAAACACGUUUUAAGACUUGGUGCUAUUUAGUACAUCCUGAUACUAUGUAGUACGAGGUGAAAUAGGAGUACUAAUAACCAGGACUAACACCUAAAGGCCAAAUUUACACCUCGUAUUAUAUAGUAUCAGAUAGUACUAUUUAGUACUAGAGUAAAAGUUAACAUGAUUUUCGAAAUCAGCACCCUCGAAAACCCCUAAAUCGAGUAUUUAUGAAAAAAAUUCAAAAAAAUUACUACUUUUACAGUACUACUUAAGUAAGGAAAAAAGUAACAAAAAAUAUAAAAAAGAAUGUCAUUUUCGAAAUCAGCACCCUCGAUUAUCUUAAUUUCGACACCUGCAUCGAAGAAAAUCAAUACUUUUUGGUCUCCCCAAUCGUCCAACUCCAGACGAGGACUUUUUGCUGCGAGAAGUCCACUUUACUUUCCCGACAGACUUAAAAAUUUACAUAAAUUACGUCAUCUUUCAGGAAGACCCGAGCCAACUCCAUUUCGACUACUUUUUAGUGCCCCUCAUUUUGCUACGGCUCCAGAAGCUGUUCGGAACUCUGUAAUCGGAUACAGCAACCUCAAUGAAGAAGCUACGGUCUUCUCCUUUGAUUACGAGCCAGUAAGUCGUCUUUUUUCCUCAUUUUAACCCUAAAAUUUUUUAAAAGCACAUUUAGCUUUUAAAAAACCUAGAUUACCCUUUUCAGAACUCGGGAACCCCAUUGGGGAUGAAUAUCCGGUUCCAGGUUUCGAUUCCGUUCGGAAAAAUGAACAAAUUCCCGACCGUCAGGCAAUUCCCCAACAACAUUUUCCCCGUUUUCUGGAUGGACAACCACAAUCAUAUCAAAAAAAGUGUUCUGGAUGAGCUGUACUUCGGCCUGAUAACCGUUCCUCACAUUGCGGACAUUGUUGCGUACUCAGCAAUCGGAAUUUUCCUUGCGUUUUUGGUUUUGACUCUCUUCAGUUUGUACAGGUACAGGAGGCUGAAUUCAAAGCCUUCUGGCGGGAAUUUGAAUUGA